CUAUGGUUUUUCAUUUUCAUGAAUUUGUUUAAAUUGUGUCCCUAAAAUAAGAGAGACCGGUCAGUACUGAGAUCGAAUCGAGGUUGAAGUGUGUGUUGUGUUGUGGCACAAAAACCGAAGCAAAGUUGAGAAAAACACACACAGUGAGAGAGAGUUCUGAUGUGAAAUUGGAAAAAAGUGAAAACAAAGCAAUCAAUUCAUGGUGAUUCCUUCGGUUGAUCAGAGGAGCAACUGAAUUUUGCUGAAUAGGUGUAUUCGAUUUCUCAUUUGUUGUUGUUAUCUUUCUGACUUGGUCAGAUUCAAGUAAACGCUCUUUCUUCUUCGGAAACCCUAGGUGGAUAGAUAUUUGAGAAUAGAGGAAUAAAUUCUGCACGGGAAUAAAGUUUGUGCAUUGAUAAUAGCAGUCCUUGAUCAGAUAUUGGAGAUUGAUGUGAUUCCCUAUUCACCUGCCUGUCUGCAUGCGGUGCUAAAUGGAUUCCUCUGGUUCUUAUCUCGUGCUGUUUUAGAUGUGUAAUAUGUUAUAGUCCCUGUUUAAUUUGUUACACCUUGCUGAAUAAAAAGUAGGCGGAUAUCUCAAAAUUCAAGAUUGGCAAUACUAAUUAAAAUUGAAUGAGAGCGUUUAUCAGUUACAACAUUAUCAGUGUUGAAAGGAGCAUUUUGGUUGUGGAUAAAAGAGCAUCCUUGUAAAGUUGUUGGAUGCACUUUCUAGUUUGUUUUGAGACAAGGGCAAAUGCUACCAACCUGGAAGUAUUAUAACAUUGAUUUCACCACUUCAGUAUGUGAUCAAAUUUUUUUGGGUGGCGCAUUUAAUAAUAAACAUAUUGAUGUUAUGUUAUAAGAAGAAAAAUGGAGCAUGUUUUGGAAAAAAGAUUCCCUCUUAAUGCAGAAGAUUACAAGUUAUAUGAAGAAGUUGGUGAAGGCGUUAGUGCCUCUGUAUACAGGGCUCUUUGUGUUCCUCUCAACGAGAUAGUUGCAAUCAAGGUUCUGGAUCUAGAGAAGUGCAAUAAUGAUUUGGAUGGAAUUCGAAGAGAGGUACAGACGAUGAGCUUGAUUGAUCAUCCAAAUGUUUUACAAGCACAUUGCUCUUUUACUACUGGACACAAUCUAUGGGUUGUAAUGCCAUACAUGGCAGGGGGUUCUUGCCUCCAUAUAAUGAAAUCUGCCUAUCCAGAAGGUUUUGAAGAGCCAGUUAUUGCUACUUUAUUGCAUGAAGUUCUCAAAGCUCUUGUUUAUCUUCAUGCCCAUGGUCACAUACAUAGAGAUGUUAAGGCGGGGAAUAUUCUGCUUGAUUCUAAUGGUGCUGUCAAACUAGCUGAUUUUGGAGUGUCAGCAUGUAUGUUUGAUACUGGAGACAGGCAACGUUCAAGGAACACUUUUGUUGGCACACCUUGCUGGAUGGCUCCCGAAGUCAUGCAGCAAUUACAUGGAUAUGAUUUUAAAGCAGAUAUAUGGUCAUUUGGUAUAACAGCACUUGAACUUGCUCAUGGUCAUGCCCCAUUUUCCAAGUAUCCACCUAUGAAAGUUUUGCUUAUGACUUUACAAAAUGCCCCUCCAGGUCUUGAUUAUGAAAGAGACAAGAGAUUUUCAAAGGCUUUCAAGGAGUUGGUUGCCACCUGCUUAGUAAAAGACCCAAAAAAGCGUCCCAGUUCAGAAAAGCUAUUAAAGCACCACUUCUUUAGACAUGCACGUGCUAGCAAAUAUCUUGCUCGCACCAUUCUAGAUGGGCUUGCUCCUUUAGGAGAUCGUUUUAGAUCGCUAAAGGCUAAAGAGGCAGAUUUAUUGGUGCAGAACAAGGCUCUUUAUGAGGAUAAGGAUCAGUUAUCUCAGAAAGAAUAUAUUCGAGGAAUUAGUGCCUGGAAUUUUAACCUGGAAGAUUUAAAAAGUCAAGCUGCUCUUAUUCAAGAUGAUGACAUACCUAAUGUAGAUGAGCCACAAAAGGAUAAGAAGGAAAAAGUCAGAUCGGAUGACUUCAGGGAUUCUGCAGAGACGAUAUCAUCUGUAACAGCUAAUCAUUCAGAUGAUGCACCCACUCAGAACAAGGAGGAUGGAUUUAAUAAUCUUCAGGAUUUGGAGGGUUCGCUUGCUUCAUUUCCUAGUAAACCUCUUCAAGCACUUAAAGGAUGUUUUGAUAUGUGUGAGGAUGACGUUAAUAACAACAGUCCAAGAGAUCUGGAUCAUGAUUAUGGAAAUGAAAGUUCUGGGCCAAGUUCUUCAUUACAACAAAACACCAACAAUCAGCAAAAGAAGUUUCCAAGUGGUUCUUUGCUACCUGAUAAUUUUCUUUUUCCCAAAAAGGUUGUCACUGACGGGGACAGGGAUUACCUACAAACAAAGUAUGCUUCGGAGAGGAAUCACAGUGGGCCAUUGCAAUAUCGACAGAAGAGAGAUACCAACAACCUUCCAUUGGUUGAGGACACAUCAGAUGGAGCGUUUGUCCAGCGUAGGGGGCGGUUUAAGGUCACAUCGGCUGAUCUCAGUCCAAUGGGUCCUUCAAACAAUGCUUCUGGCCCAGUUGUUAGUCCUACCAGCCCACCAAAUCAAAAUUUCAUGGCUGGCGCUAUUCUUCCAUCGCUUCAGUGCAUCUUGCAACAGAAUGGUUUGCAAAGGGAAGAGAUUAUAAAAUUAAUAAAGUAUGCAGAGCAAUCUUCUGGUAAGAAUGCAGAAUCCGUAGAGGCAGGGGCAGUUGAUAGUUUGCAGGUACCUGCAACAACCAGGGAGAAGGAGCUGCAUUUUCAGGUGGUUCAACUCCAACAGAGCAUUGGAAGCCUUGUUGAGGAAUUACAAAGACAAAAGAUGAAAAAUGUUCAGUUAGAGAAACAAUUGAGCAGUAUGAUUAACAAAAUGGAGAAGUGAAGAAGUCUAUGGACGUUAUGAUGAUGGUUUAACUGAUAUUUAGACAACCCCUGACGUUCAUUGAUAACAUUCAAAGAUGAUUUACGACGUACUUGAGGGAUGGAGGAACGUCUCAAUUGUAUUACCAUGUGUGGUGUGAACUUUUGUUUGCGGCAGACACUAAUUUUGAGAUGCUAUUCCUUGAGUCGCCUGUAAAAUGUAAUUUAUUGAGAUUGGGAUAAUGAUAUCAUGUAAUUUAAACUUCUCAUUUUCUCUUAUUCUACCUAAAAUUUACUCA